UAAUCAGCAAUAUUCGCCUAGUAUUUGGGUUAAUCAGAAAUCAUCACUUCUAAAUAUUGGUUCUAGCUUGGAUAUGGAGCGUGGUGGAAAAAAAAUGAUUCUGAAACCUAUCCUAAUAUCAAAGAAUUUAAAUGAAAAUGGAGAAGAAGAAGCAAUGUUACUGAGUCCAACUUCUCAAAUGUUUCAUGAGCCUGACUACAAUGUUUACGUCUUAGCCAUUAUGGGCUGGAAAGUACCAAUUGAGGUUGACUCCAUGAAAGCAGAACUACAACGCACCCUGCUUAAACAUCCACGCUUUUCCAGUUUGCAGGUCAUGGAUGAGACUGAUGGCAGCGGAAAAAUGAGAUGGGUUCCCACGACAGUGAACAUAGAUGAUCAUAUCAUAGUGGCCCAGAUCGCCCAUGAUAAUAUGGAUACCGACAAAUUGGUCGAAGAGUAUAUAUCAAGCCUAAGCACAACAAAUGUUGACAUGUCGAAACCUCUAUGGGAUUUUCACGUCCUUAACGUGAAAACCUCUCAUGCUGAGGCAACUUCUAUUUUCCGUAUUCAUCAUUCUAUUGGGGAUGGAACUGCCCUCAUGUCCCUCUUACUCUCUUGUUUUCGGACAAUUUCGGAUCCUACUUCUCUGCCCACACUCCCAUUUUCUUCUUCUUCUAAGGAUAAAUCAAAUUUAUCACUAAGAAAUAACAGAAAAACAAUUUGUUCGCUGAUGUGGCAGUACCUAAUAAAGUUUUGGUUGCUCAUAAAACUUUGGUUCAAUACAGUUGUUGAUGCUUUUCUGUUUAUAGCGACUGCACUCUUCUUGAAGGACUCUGAAUCACCUUUCACAGCUACAAGAGGAUAUAAGUGGUCCACUCGUCAGAAAUAUAUUUACCUGACGAUUAGCUUGGACGACAUUAAAUUUAUAAAGAAUGUGACAAACGGUACGGUUAAUGACGUUGUACUGGGGAUAACACAAGCAGCUAUGUCUCGUUAUAUCCAUCGAAGAUACGAAGCUGAAGGCAAGAGGAAGUUUUCACCGGAACGAAUGAGAUGUAGAGCCAAUGUUAUAGUGAAUCUGAGACCAGCUUUAGGGGUCCAAACAUUAGCUGAAACGAUUGAGAAAAAUGUCAAAGUGAUACAAGGAAACUGUUUUGGCUUUGUCAUAUUUCCCUUAACUAUAGCCGAAUUCUCUAAUCCUCUGGAUUAUGUUCGCAAAUCUAAGACAUCAAUGGAUCGAAAGAAGCAUUCCCUUGGGUCUCUAUGCACCUUUUACUUUUCAAAGCUUUUUCUCAAGUUCUUUGGCUUUAAGGGUGUUGCAAAACUUGCUCAAAGAGUUCCCUUCCAAACAACACUAGCCAUGUCAAACGUAAUAGGUCCGCUUGAAGAAAUUUCUUGCGCAGGCCAUCCAUUGGUAUUCGUUGCCCCAACAUGCUCUGGCUAUCCCACUGGGAUAAUGGUUCAUGUGUGUAGCUAUGCCAAGAAGUUGACAUUUGCUAUUGCCGCUGAUGAAGGAAUAAUUCCAGAUAUGAACCAGCUAGGCGAUGAUUUUGUUGAUUCAUUCAUGCUCAUCAAAGAGGCUGCUCUCUCACAAUUGAGAACCAAGGCUGACUAGCUCAUCACACAUUUGAAAGAUCCUCAAUAUUUGAAACGUCGUCCUUAUGUGAUGAUUAACGAGUACAAUAUGAUAUGUAGACUUAUUGCUCAAAGCGUUAUUUGAUUAUGUAAUAUUAUUGUAGUACAUCGUCAUGCUGUAGAAUUAUUAGUGCUAUCUAUAAUAGCACCAUCUGAAUAAUGCUAGUGAUACUGCUAGCUGUCAUAUCUGUAAUGAUGCAUGAUUUCUAUCUAUAAUAUUCCCCUUAUUGACAAAA